AUGUCUACGCUGGCAGAGGCAUAUAUCUGUCACGUAGGCGUUGUCCUGGACUUACUCGUCCAGGACAAGGACCUCGACCCUGUCUCACAGUCGUUUGUCUCUCCAAACCCAUUGCCACUCGACUUUGUCGAUGCCUCCACACCACAUUAUAUCCAGAAGGUCGAUGCCUCCUUACAGCGGGUCGUUCAAAAGAUGUUCAGACUGGAGAAUGAGCUCGCAAAACACAACAGAUACAUCAAGACCCUCCAACCCGUUAACUCACUUGUUUCGGAUAUCACUCUCGCUCCUCCCAUCCUUACACCGCCCGUUGAUUCGCUCUCACCUCCCAUCCCAGCCUCCUCCAGGUGGAACGAGGGUAAUUGGGAGUUCGUCAACCAUCCUCCGACCAAUACAAGCAUACAGCAGGAGCGGCCACUGUACCCAAUGCAGACGCUAUCGCAAGCAAGGUCCAUCCAUACCCUGUUGCCCGUAAGCCCUUCAAACAUCCCGGUCCAACCUAGGUUGGCUGCCUCGGCUUCAGCAGCACACUCAAUCGAUGCCACCGAUAAUGGAUCUGUUUGCUUCGUCCAACCUACGGAUUUGAAUGGUCAGGCCUCUGGGCACGGUCAGACCUUCAUCUCUUCAUCCAUCACUGCGUCAACUUCGCCCCCCGUUGCAUCCUCAAAAGAUCUGCGCUCCUCUCCUCUUUGCUCUCCAACAAGCCUCGACAGCUCCGCCGUGGCCAUAUCGACAACGACAGCAGCAGCAGCUGGAACCGUUCCCUGCGCUCAAUGUAUUCACCAAUGUGCCCUGGUGGCAGCAGCCGUCGUCCGAGGAGACCUUGGUGUUCGGAUAGAGUGUCACAACAACGCUUGUCACCAGUCUGCGUUGAACAUCUCUAUCAACGAAAUGGUAACUAAGCUAUCCAAGUUUACGGAGGAGGUCAUUCAGGUCGCUGCUCAAGGAGUUGAGGGCAAGCUUGGUGUGCAAGCCAACAUGGAGGACGAUCGCGGUAUCUGGAAGGAGUUUGUCACUCAUCUGAACACCAUGACAGCAGACCACAUGGAGCAGGUCCGUGAUAUCGCCUCUGUCUGCACAGCUGUGGCUCACGGUGAUCUCAGUCGUAAGAUCAAGGUGGAUGCUAAGGGAGAAACCCUCGUUCUGAAAACCACUAUUAACACCAUGGUUGAUCAUCUUCGUUCGUUCUCGUCCGAGGUCACUCGAGUCGCUCACGAAGUCGGAACAGAAGGCAAACUGGGCGGACAGGCACGCGUGAGAGGCGUAGAUGGUACUUGGAAGGAGCUGACCGACAAUGUCAACACCAUGGCUGCCAACCUUACAGCGCAAGUGCGGUCGAUUGCCGAGGUUACCACUGCCGUCGCCUGUGGAGACUUGAGUAAAACGAUUGAUGUUGAGGCGCAGGGUGAGAUUUCGGAGCUGAAGAAGACCGUAAAUUCCAUGGUGGAACAGCUCAGGACGUUCGCUGCAGAGGUCACUCGUGUCGCUCGUGAGGUCGGUACUGAGGGCAAAUUGGGCGGUCAGGCCGAGGUCGAAGACGUUGGUGGUACGUGGAGGGAGCUGACAGAGAACGUCAACACCAUGGCUGCUAACUUGACGACGCAGGUGCGUGAUAUUGCGAGUGUUAGUAAGGCUGUCGCUAGAGGAGAUCUGUCCAAGAAGAUCACUGUCGAGGUUAAAGGAGAGAUGAUGGAUCUCAAACAUACCAUCAACACCAUGGUGGACCAGCUGCAGGAGUUCGCCACAGAGGUCAGUCGUGUCAGUUUGGAAGUCGGCACUGAAGGAAAGCUGGGCGGACAAGCGCAUGUCAAAGACGUCAGCGGAACCUGGAAAGAAUUGACGGACAAUGUAAAUCUUAUGGCCUCGAAUUUGACUGGCCAGAUGCGAGACAUUGCGACAGUCUGCAAAGCUGUGGCCUGCGGUGACCUCACCAAGAAGGUUAGUGUGCCAGUCCAGGGCGAGAUUCUGGAUCUCAAGGAGACUAUGAACACCAUGGUGGACCAAUUGCGAACCUUCGCUGCGGAGGUCACCCGUGUCGCCCGCGAGGUCGGAACUGAAGGAAACCUUGGUGGCCAGGCCGAGGUCGAGGGCGUCGAUGGCACCUGGAAGGAACUCACGGAUAACGUCAACACCAUGGCUGCCAAUUUGACGACACAGGUACGAUCGAUUGCUGAGGUUACCACUGCUGUAGCCUGCGGAGACUUGAGCAAAACUAUCGACGUUGAGGCCCAGGGUGAGAUUUCAGAACUCAAGAAGACUGUCAACUCAAUGGUGGAGCAGCUCAGGACAUUUGCCGCCGAGGUCACUCGUGUCGCUCGCGAGGUCGGUACUGAGGGCAAGCUGGGUGGUCAAGCCGAGGUCGAGGGUGUCGAUGGUACCUGGAAGGAGCUGACCGAUAACGUCAACACCAUGGCCGCCAACUUGACAGCCCAGGUGCGUGAUAUUGCCGAUGUCAGCAAGGCCGUCGCCAAGGGAGACCUGACCCAGAAGAUCUCAGUGGACGCCAAGGGAGAGAUUCUUGACCUGAAGAACACGAUCAACAUUAUGGUGGACCAACUGUCCACUUUCUCAGCCGAGGUCACGCGUGUCGCUCGCGAGGUCGGCACCGAAGGAAAGUUGGGUGGCCAGGCCGAGGUUGAGGGCGUUGAUGGUACCUGGAAGGAGUUGACUGAUAACGUCAACACCAUGGCUGCCAACUUGACGACCCAAGUACGAUCUAUCGCUGAGGUUACCACGGCUGUAGCCUGCGGAGACUUGAGCAAAACUAUCGACGUUGAGGCCCAGGGUGAGAUUUCAGAACUCAAGAAGACUGUCAACUCAAUGGUGGAGCAGCUCAGGACGUUUGCCGCCGAGGUCACUCGUGUCGCUCGCGAGGUCGGUACUGAGGGCAAGCUGGGUGGUCAAGCCGAGGUCGAGGGUGUCGAUGGUACCUGGAAAGAACUGACUGACAACGUGAAUACCAUGGCCGCCAACUUGACAGCCCAGGUGCGUGAUAUUGCCGAUGUCAGCAAGGCUGUUGCCAAGGGAGACCUGACCCAGAAGAUCUCAGUGGACGCCAAGGGAGAGAUUCUUGACCUGAAGAACACGAUCAACAUUAUGGUGGACCAACUGUCCACUUUCUCAGCCGAGGUCACGCGUGUCGCUCGCGAGGUCGGCACCGAAGGAAAGUUGGGUGGCCAGGCCGAGGUUGAGGGUGUUGAUGGUACCUGGAAAGAACUGACCGACAACGUGAAUACCAUGGCCGCCAAUUUGACGGCCCAGGUGCGGUCUAUUGCCGAAGUUACUACCGCUGUCGCUUGUGGAGACCUGAGGAAGACUAUCGAUGUUGAGGCCCAAGGCGAGAUCUCUGAGUUGAAAAAGACUGUCAACUCCAUGGUGGAGCAGCUGAGGACAUUUGCUGCCGAGGUCACUCGUGUCGCUCGAGAGGUCGGUACCGAGGGUAAACUCGGAGGCCAGGCUCAUGUCAAGGGAGUGGACGGUACCUGGAAGGAACUUACAGACAACGUCAACACCAUGGCAGCGAACUUGACAACGCAGGUGCGUGACAUCGCCAGUGUCAGUAAGGCCGUCGCUCGUGGAGACUUGACCAAGAAGAUCACUGUCGAGGUCAAGGGAGAGAUGAUGGACCUUAAACACACCAUCAACAUCAUGGUGGACCAGCUCCAAGAAUUCGCAACCGAGGUCACCCGAGUGAGUCUCGAGGUCGGAACGGAAGGAAAGCUUGGUGGUCAGGCCGAUGUGAAAGACGUCAGUGGAACAUGGAAGGAACUGACGGACAAUGUCAACACGAUGGCUGCCAAUUUGACGACACAAGUACGAUCCAUCGCUGAGGUUACCACCGCCGUCGCCUGUGGUGAUCUGAGCAAGACCAUUGAUGUUGAGGCUCAAGGAGAGAUCUCUGAGCUAAAGCUGACAGUGAACUCGAUGGUGGAGCAGCUCAGGACGUUUGCCGCUGAAGUCACGCGUGUCGCUCGCGAGGUCGGUACUGAGGGCAAGUUGGGAGGUCAAGCGCAUGUCAAGGGCGUCGACGGUACUUGGAAAGAGUUGACCGAUAACGUGAAUACCAUGGCUGCUAAUUUGACAGCCCAGGUCCGAUCCAUUGCCGAGGUUACCACUGCAGUCGCCUGCGGAGAUUUGAGCAAGACGAUUGAGGUCGAAGCACAGGGCGAAAUCUCUGAGCUGAAGAAGACUGUCAACUCCAUGGUUGAACAGUUGAGGACGUUUGCUGCUGAAGUCACCCGUGUUGCCCGUGAGGUCGGAACCGAGGGACGACUGGGAGGACAGGCCGAGGUUGAAGACGUCGGCGGUACAUGGAGAGAACUGACUGAGAACGUCAAUACCAUGGCUUCUAAUCUGACAACACAGGUGCGUGACAUUGCCAAUGUCAGUAAAGCUGUCGCUAAGGGUGACCUGACACAGAAGAUCUCAGUGGAUGCCAAGGGAGAGAUUCUCGAUCUCAAGAACACGAUCAACAUCAUGGUCGACCAACUGUCCACUUUUUCAGCAGAAGUAACACGUGUUGCCCGCGAGGUCGGCACGGAGGGAAAGCUCGGUGGUCAGGCUGAAGUCAAGGGCGUUGAUGGCACUUGGAAGGAGCUGACUGAUAAUGUCAACACCAUGGCUGCCAACUUGACGGCGCAAGUACGGUCGAUUGCCGAGGUCACAACUGCAGUCGCCUGCGGAGACUUAAGCAAGACGAUUGAGGUCGAAGCACAGGGCGAAAUCUCUGAGCUGAAGCUGACCGUAAACUCCAUGGUGGAACAACUCCGGACGUUUGCCGCUGAAGUCACACGUGUUGCCCGUGAAGUCGGAACUGAAGGAAAACUCGGUGGCCAGGCUCAUGUCAAGGGCGUCGAUGGUACCUGGAAGGAACUCACGGAUAACGUCAACACCAUGGCAGCGAACUUGACGACCCAGGUGCGUGAUAUUGCCAGCGUCAGUAAGGCUGUUGCUAGAGGAGAUCUAUCCAAGAAGAUCACUGUCGAGGUUAAAGGAGAGAUGAUGGAUCUCAAACAUACCAUCAACACCAUGGUGGACCAGCUUCAGGAGUUCGCCACAGAAGUCAGUCGUGUCAGUUUGGAAGUCGGCACUGAAGGAAAGCUGGGCGGACAAGCAAACGUUCGUAAUGUUGAUGGAGUUUGGAAGGAACUCACUGGCAACGUCAACACCAUGGCCGCUAAUUUGACGACCCAGGUACGAUCGAUUGCUCAAGUCACCACCGCUGUCGCCUGCGGUGACUUGAGCAAAACGAUCGAUGUCGAGGCGCAGGGAGAGAUUUCAGAGCUAAAGAAAACUGUCAACUCCAUGGUGGAACAGUUGAGGACGUUCGCUGCUGAGGUCACACGUGUUGCCCGUGAAGUCGGAACUGAAGGCAAGUUGGGAGGUCAAGCGCAUGUCAAGGGCGUCGAUGGUACCUGGAAGGAGCUCACGGACAAUGUCAACACCAUGGCUGCCAAUCUCACAGCACAGGUGCGUGAUAUUGCCAGCGUCAGUAAGGCCGUCGCCAAGGGUGACUUGUCCAAAAAGAUUUCCGUGGAGGUCCAAGGAGAGAUGAUGGACCUUAAGCACACUAUCAACACCAUGGUGGAUCAAUUGCAGGAGUUUGCAACUGAGGUCAGUCGUGUCAGUUUAGAGGUCGGUACCGAGGGCAAACUCGGUGGACAGGCCGUUGUCGAGGAUGUCAGUGGAACUUGGAAGGAGUUGACGGACAAUGUCAACACCAUGGCAUCAAAUCUUACUACGCAGGUACGAUCCAUUGCUGAGGUUACCACUGCAGUCGCCUGCGGAGACCUGAGCAAGACCAUUGAUGUCGAAGCCCAAGGCGAAAUCUCUGAGUUGAAGAAGACUGUCAACUCCAUGGUGGAACAAUUGAGGACGUUCGCCGCUGAAGUCACGCGUGUCGCUCGUGAGGUCGGUACCGAGGGCAAACUAGGUGGCCAGGCUCAUGUCAAGGGCGUCGAUGGUACCUGGAAGGAACUCACGGACAAUGUCAACACCAUGGCAGCGAACUUGACGACCCAGGUGCGUGAUAUUGCCAGUGUCAGUAAAGCCGUCGCUCGUGGAGACUUGACCAAGAAGAUCACUGUCGAGGUCAAGGGAGAGAUGAUGGACCUUAAGCAUACCAUCAACAUCAUGGUCGACCAGCUACAAGAGUUUGCGACAGAGGUAACUCGUGUGAGUCUCGAGGUCGGUACGGAAGGAAAGCUUGGCGGUCAGGCGGAUGUGAAGGAUGUGAGCGGAACAUGGAAGGAACUUACGGACAAUGUCAACACGAUGGCUGCCAAUUUGACGACUCAAGUGCGAUCCAUCGCUGAGGUUACCACCGCCGUCGCCUGCGGAGACCUGAGCAAGACGAUUGAUGUUGAGGCCCAGGGCGAAAUCUCUGAGUUGAAGAAGACCGUAAAUUCCAUGGUGGAACAACUCAGGACGUUUGCCGCCGAGGUCACUCGUGUCGCUCGUGAGGUCGGAACCGAGGGCAAACUAGGUGGCCAGGCUCAUGUCAAGGGUGUCGAUGGUACCUGGAAGGAGCUCACGGACAAUGUCAACACCAUGGCUGCCAAUCUCACAGCACAGGUGCGUGAUAUUGCCAGCGUCAGUAAGGCCGUCGCCAAGGGUGACUUGUCCAAAAAGAUUUCCGUUGAAGUUAAGGGUGAGAUGAUGGAUCUUAAGCAUACCAUCAAUACCAUGGUGGAUCAACUUCAGGAAUUCGCCACUGAGGUAACCCGAGUGAGUCUUGAGGUCGGUACCGAGGGUAAACUCGGUGGUCAAGCUGUUGUCAAGGAUGUGAGCGGAACCUGGAAGGAAUUAACAGACAAUGUCAACACCAUGGCAUCGAACCUUACUACACAAGUACGAUCCAUCGCUGAGGUUACCACUGCUGUUGCCUGUGGAGAUCUAAGUAAGACUAUUGACGUACAGGCCCAAGGAGAGAUCUCUGAACUUAAGAAAACCGUAAAUUCCAUGGUGGAGCAGCUCAGGAUGUUUGCCGCUGAGGUCACCCGUGUCGCCCGCGAGGUCGGAACUGAAGGAAACCUUGGCGGCCAGGCCGAGGUCGAGGGCGUCGAUGGCACCUGGAAGGAACUCACGGAUAACGUCAACACCAUGGCUGCCAAUUUGACGACACAGGUACGAUCGAUUGCUGAGGUUACCACUGCUGUAGCCUGCGGAGACUUGAGCAAAACUAUCGACGUUGAGGCCCAGGGUGAGAUUUCAGAACUCAAGAAGACUGUCAACUCAAUGGUGGAGCAGCUCAGGACAUUUGCCGCCGAGGUCACUCGUGUCGCUCGCGAGGUCGGUACUGAGGGCAAGCUGGGUGGUCAAGCCGAGGUCGAGGGUGUCGAUGGUACCUGGAAAGAACUGACUGACAACGUGAAUACCAUGGCCGCCAACUUGACAGCCCAGGUGCGUGAUAUUGCCGAUGUCAGCAAGGCCGUCGCCAAGGGAGACCUGACCCAGAAGAUCUCAGUGGACGCCAAGGGAGAGAUUCUUGACCUGAAGAACACGAUCAACAUUAUGGUGGACCAACUGUCCACUUUCUCAGCCGAGGUCACGCGUGUCGCUCGCGAGGUCGGCACCGAAGGAAAGUUGGGUGGCCAGGCCGAGGUUGAGGGUGUUGAUGGUACCUGGAAAGAACUGACCGACAACGUGAAUACCAUGGCCGCCAAUUUGACGGCCCAGGUGCGGUCUAUUGCCGAAGUCACUACCGCUGUCGCAUGUGGCGACCUAAGUAAGACUAUCGAUGUCGAAGCACAAGGCGAGAUCUCUGAGUUGAAAAAGACUGUCAACUCCAUGGUGGAGCAGCUGAGGACAUUUGCUGCCGAGGUCACUCGUGUCGCUCGAGAGGUCGGUACCGAGGGUAAACUCGGAGGCCAGGCUCAUGUCAAGGGAGUGGACGGUACCUGGAAGGAACUUACAGACAACGUCAACACCAUGGCAGCGAACUUGACAACGCAGGUGCGUGACAUCGCCAGUGUCAGUAAGGCCGUCGCUCGUGGAGACUUGACCAAGAAGAUCACUGUCGAGGUCAAGGGAGAGAUGAUGGACCUUAAACACACCAUCAACAUCAUGGUGGACCAGCUCCAAGAAUUCGCAACCGAGGUCACCCGAGUGAGUCUCGAGGUCGGAACGGAAGGAAAGCUUGGUGGUCAGGCCGAUGUGAAAGACGUCAGUGGAACAUGGAAGGAACUGACGGACAAUGUCAACACCAUGGCUAGUAACUUGACAACUCAGGUACGAUCCAUCGCUGAGGUUACCACCGCCGUCGCCUGUGGUGACCUGAGCAAGACCAUUGAUGUUGAGGCUCAAGGAGAGAUCUCUGAGCUGAAGAAGACUGUCAACUCGAUGGUAGAACAGUUGAGGACGUUCGCUGCUGAGGUCACGCGUGUUGCCCGUGAAGUUGGAACUGAGGGUAAGUUGGGAGGUCAAGCGCAUGUCAAGGGUGUUGAUGGUACCUGGAAGGAGCUCACGGACAAUGUCAACACCAUGGCUGCCAAUCUCACAGCACAGGUGCGUGAUAUUGCCAGUGUCAGUAAAGCCGUCGCUCGUGGAGACUUGACCAAGAAGAUCACUGUCGAGGUCAAGGGAGAGAUGAUGGACCUUAAGCAUACCAUCAACAUCAUGGUCGACCAGCUACAAGAGUUUGCGACAGAGGUAACUCGUGUGAGUCUCGAGGUCGGUACGGAAGGAAAGCUUGGCGGUCAGGCGGAUGUGAAGGAUGUGAGCGGAACAUGGAAGGAGCUUACGGACAAUGUCAACACGAUGGCUGCCAAUUUGACGACUCAAGUGCGAUCCAUCGCUGAGGUUACCACCGCCGUCGCCUGCGGAGACCUGAGCAAGACGAUUGAUGUUGAGGCCCAGGGUGAGAUUUCUGAGCUGAAAAAGACCGUAAAUUCCAUGGUGGAACAACUCAGGACGUUUGCCGCCGAGGUCACUCGUGUCGCUCGCGAGGUCGGUACUGAGGGCAAGCUGGGUGGUCAAGCCGAGGUCGAGGGUGUCGAUGGUACCUGGAAAGAACUGACUGACAACGUGAAUACCAUGGCCGCCAACUUGACAGCCCAGGUGCGUGAUAUUGCCGAUGUCAGCAAGGCCGUCGCCAAGGGAGACCUGACCCAGAAGAUCUCAGUGGACGCCAAGGGAGAGAUUCUUGACCUGAAGAACACGAUCAACAUUAUGGUGGACCAACUGUCCACUUUCUCAGCCGAGGUCACGCGUGUCGCUCGCGAGGUCGGCACCGAAGGAAAGUUGGGUGGCCAGGCCGAGGUUGAGGGCGUUGAUGGUACCUGGAAGGAGUUGACUGAUAACGUCAACACCAUGGCUUCCAAUCUUACAACUCAAGUCCGAUCCAUUGCCGAAGUCACGACAGCAGUCGCUUGUGGUGACCUGAGUAAGACUAUUGAUGUUGAGGCCCAAGGCGAGAUCUCUGAGUUGAAGAAGACUGUCAACUCCAUGGUUGAACAGUUGAGGACGUUUGCUGCCGAGGUUACGCGUGUCGCUCGUGAAGUCGGUACUGAGGGCAGGUUGGGCGGCCAGGCCGAGGUUGAAGACGUUGGUGGUACGUGGAGGGAGUUGACUGAGAACGUGAAUACCAUGGCAGCCAAUCUCACAACUCAAGUGCGUGACAUUGCAGACGUCAGUAAAGCCGUCGCUCGCGGGGACCUGACCAAGAAGAUUACUGUUAACGUCAAGGGUGAAAUCUUGGAUCUGAAGAACACUAUUAAUUCGAUGGUGGAUCAACUAUCGAUGUUCGCUAAUGAGGUGACGCGUGUCGCGCGCGAGGUCGGCACUGAGGGUAAGUUGGGAGUACAAGCGCAGGUCCAAGAUGUGCGUGGAACGUGGAAGGAGAUCACUUCGAACGUCAACACCAUGGCUUCCAACUUGACUGCGCAAGUGCGUGCUUUCGCCUCGAUCUCAACUGCCGCCACCGAUGGUGACUUUACACAAUUCAUCACUGUGGAGGCCUCGGGUGAGAUGGACUCUCUUAAGACCAAGAUCAACCAGAUGGUGUAUGAUCUCCGUGAGAGUAUCCAGAAGAACACUGCUGCUCGUGAAGCAGCAGAAUUGGCGAACCGCUCAAAGUCUGAGUUCCUGGCUAACAUGUCGCAUGAGAUCAGAACUCCUAUGAACGGUAUUAUUGGAAUGACCAGUCUGACCUUGGAGACAGAACUUACUCGACAGCAGCGUGAGAACUUGGUGAUUGUCAGUCAUCUGGCCCACUCUCUGUUGACCAUUAUUGAUGAUAUCCUCGAUAUUUCCAAGAUCGAGGCUGGUAAAAUGACGAUUGAGCAGGCUCCAUUCUCUCUUCGAACCCAGGCGUUUGGUGUGUUAAAGACGCUCGCAGUCAAGGCGCACCAGAAGAAACUUGAUCUCAUCUACAACGUCCACAAUGAUUUCCCAGAUCAGCUUGUCGGCGAUCCUUUGCGACUGCGCCAGGUUAUCACCAACCUCAUCGGAAACGCUAUCAAGUUUACAACAGAAGGAAGUGUUGUCCUGGACUGCGUGUGCAAAAACAAGACGGAUAAUGGUGUUGAGCUCCAGUUCUGUGUCUCGGAUACGGGUAUUGGAAUCCAGAGCGACAAGAUCGAGGUUGUCUUUGACACUUUCUGCCAGGCGGAUGGUUCGACUACGCGCAAGUACGGUGGCACUGGUCUCGGUCUAUCCAUCUCGAAGCGUCUCGUUACUUUGAUGGGAGGUGAUCUUUGGGUCAACAGUACGUUCGGAAAAGGAUCUCAGUUCUUCUUCACGGUCCGGUUCAACACAGGUACCAUGUCCUGGGACCAAAUCAACUUGAAGACAAAGCCCUAUAUUGGACGUCACAUCCUCUACAUGGGUACGAUGCGCGACGAAGUCAUUUCGCGCUCUGUCAUGAAAACACUGGAGGAGCUCAGGUUCAAGGCCACACAUGUGGCAUCGCUCGAACAAGCCGCCGCAAUUGUCCCGCUUUCUGGCCCGAGUACAUCGGCCCAGGAGAAGUCCAUGUUUGAUGUGAUCAUUGUUGACAAUGUCAAAGAUAUCCGCAAGAUUAAGGAGAUUGGAAUGCUUCGAUUCCUGCCAAUUGUGCUUUUAUCCAUGACGACACCUUAUAUCAGCAUGAAGGUCUGUCAGGAGCUGGGUAUUGCCAGUUACUUCAACCCACCAGUUCAACUGCCCGACUUGAUGAACGCGCUUUUGCCGGCAUUCGAGUCCGCUUCUGCCCUCCCCUCGGAUGCUGAGCACGCCAUUCCCUUGCAUAUUCUCUUGGCCGAGGACAAUGUUGUCAACCAGAAGUUGGCAGUUCGAAUCCUUGAGAAGUUCGGGCACAAGGUCACGAUUGUAUCGAACGGCAAGAUGGCUGUCGAGUGCUACGACACUAAGCACUUUGAUCUGAUUUUAAUGGAUGUCCAGAUGCCCAUUAUGGGAGGAUUUGAGGCGACGCAGGAGAUUCGAAAGCUGGAGCUUUUGAAGGGCAAGAACGAGCAUCUGCCGAUCAUUGCCUUGACAGCACACGCCAUGAUUGGCGACCGAGAGAAAUGUCUUUCUGCUGGAAUGGAUGAAUACAUUACGAAACCACUUCGCGUCAACGAGCUGAUUGCGACGAUCAACAAGUUCCCACCCAAGAACUGUCCUGAUCUUGCACAGCAUGACCCGUACUACGAAUACCCUCUGCGAACGAACUUUAGCAUUCCCCAAGAUACCAAGACCAAUUUUUUGUUUAAGAAGCCUUAA